CGCGCCGCUUUUCCCGCCCCUCCGCGCCGCUUUUCCCGCGUGUGCGGUGACCCGGGGCCCCGUUCCCGAUCCCCGCUCUGCCGUGUGCGGGCUCCGCAAGUUCAUUUGCAUGCGAUUUGCAUGCGGCGAGGCGCGGGGCGGCGGCGCGGAGCCAUGUCGGCGGCGCCGCGGGGCUGCGCCGGGGCCCCGCGGGGCAGGGCCGGCGAGAAGCAGUGCUCAUGGGCUUCCUACAUGACCAACUCGCCCACGCUGAUCGUGAUGAUUGGGCUGCCCGCGCGGGGCAAGACCUACAUGUCCAAAAAGCUCACCCGCUACCUCAACUGGAUCGGGGUGCCCACCAAAGUGUUUAAUUUAGGGGUUUAUCGGCGCGAGGCGGUGAAAUCCUACAAAUCCUACGACUUCUUCAGGCACGACAACAAAGAGGCCAUGGAAAUCCGCAAACGCUGUGCCUUGGUGGCUCUGGAAGAUGUGAAGUCUUAUCUCCUGGAGGAGUGUGGCCAAAUAGCUGUGUUUGAUGCGACCAACACGACUCGGGAGCGGCGGGACCUGAUCUUGAGUUUUGCUAAGGAAAAUGCUUUCAAGGUGUUUUUUGUGGAGUCUGUCUGUGACGAUCCGGAGGUCAUCGCUGCCAACAUCCUGGAGGUGAAAGUUUCCAGCCCGGACUACCCAGAGAGGCACCGGGAGAAUGUGAUGGACGAUUUCCUGAAGAGGAUCGAGUGCUACAAGGUCACCUACCAGCCCCUGGAUCCUGAUGCUUAUGACAAAGAUCUUUCCUUCAUUAAAGUGAUCAACGUGGGCCAGCGCUUCCUGGUCAACAGAGUUCAGGAUUACAUCCAGAGCAAAAUCGUUUAUUACCUGAUGAACAUCCACGUGCAGCCACGCACCAUCUACCUGUGCCGACACGGMGAGAGUGAAUUCAACCUCGUGGGUAAAAUUGGGGGAGACUCUGGGCUCUCCCCUCGAGGGAAGCAGUUUUCCCAAGCCCUGAAGAARUUCCUGGAGGAGCAGGAGAUCGUGGAUCUGAAGGUGUGGACGAGCCAGCUGAAGAGGACCAUCCAGACAGCCGAGUCUUUGGGUGUCCUGUACGAGCAGUGGAAAAUCCUCAACGAGAUCGAUGCUGGGGUCUGUGAAGAAAUGACCUACGCAGAAAUUGAAGCCAAAUACCCAGAGGAAUUUGCCAUGAGGGAUCAGGAGAAAUAUCUCUAUCGUUACCCUGGAGGGGAGGCAGUUAUGAGUGCUUUAACCAUGGCAGUGCAAGGAGCUCCUGUUUCUGCUCUGAUUCAGUUUCUGAGCAGCAGCACGUUCAGAAUGUGUUGGGGACUGGUUUUUAAUGGAAAAAAAAAUGUUUGUGAUGGAUCAGAGAGCCUGGUCAUCUCCCACCAGGCAGUUAUGAGGUGCCUCUUGGCUUAUUUUCUGGACAAGAGUGCAGAUGAGCUGCCCUACCUGCGCUGCCCCCUGCACACCAUUCUCAAGCUCACUCCCGUUGCCUACGGCUGCAAAGUGGAGACAGUUGCCCUGAAUGUGGAAGCAGUGAACACCCACCGGGACAAACCCUCCCUGAACUCAUUUUCAGUGCCGUCAGAGCAGAGCCCCGUGAGGAUGAGGAGGAACAGCUUCACCCCUCRGGCCAGCGCCGACCCCGUAAAACGCCCGCGGCACCACAGCCUGGGCAGCCAAGCCCUGCCUCUGCCGGGACCUCUCCCGUCCCUACAAACUCCACAAGGGGCUGAGCAGCCACAACUGGAGGGAUCUGUCCAGCCUCCCGUGGGUAAUUCUUGCCCCUGAACCCCGCAGGCAGCUCGGGGGUGCUCUCUGUGGGU